GUCACUUCCUUUCUGCCUCAAUAUAUACAAAUUGCAGAAGACAACACAAGAAGAGAUUGCAAAUCACACACAAGAGCCUGAACCUGUCAAAAUCCUGAUACCACAUUCAAACUCAACCAACCACAUUAUUCAACUUUCUGCAGUUCAUCUAAAUAUAAAAUGGGUGAAGAUGAUGAUUACUACACAACCUAUGAUUUCUCCAACCUAACAGACCCAUGUGGUGGUGAAAAAAACUGUACGCUGUUCGACAAAACUGAAAUAUCCGUGCUCGGUUGGCGUCACUGGUUUGCACUGAUCUGCUAUGCGAUAGUCUUCUUGUUGGGUGUCCCUGGCAACGGUCUGGUCGUCUGGGUGACUGGAUUCAGGAUGCCCCGUUCAGUUAAUGCCCAGUGGUUUCUGAACCUGGCCUUGACUGACCUUCUGUGCUGUUUAUCCCUACCCCUGCUCAUGGUGCCACUGGCUCAAGAUUUGCACUGGCCCUUUGGUCCAUUAGCCUGCAAAAUACUUCAUGGCCUACUGUAUCUGUUCAUGUACUGCAGCGUGCUGAUAUUAACGAUCAUCAGUUUGGACCGCUGGCUCCUUGUCACUCAGCCUGCUUGGUGCCAGAACUGGAGGCAGCCGCAUUUGGCUCGUUGGGUCUGUCUGGGUACCUGGGUGAUAGCACUAAUUGGGACCAUUCCCCAGUUCAUCCACAUGAGUGAAACAGAUCAUGGGUCGAAGAAAGUGUGUCUUGGCCAUUACUUAAAUGAGGUGCAUGCUUGGGCCAUGGUUGUGAUGCGUUUCCUGUUUGGUUUUCUUCUACCUUUCAUUAUAAUCUGUUUAAGCCAUUGGGCAGUGUACAAGAGGGCACACAAGAAGAAAAACGAGAGGUCGUCACGUACCUUGAGGGUCAUCCUAGCUGUAGUGAUCACUUUCUUUGUGUGCUGGAUUCCCUUUCAUAUCAUUGACAUCGUUAUGCUUAUAUGGACUAAAGCAGUGGACAAAACAAAGGCAAACCUUCACCUGGCGCAGACAUUAGCUCUCUGCCUGGCUUACUUCAACAGCUGUCUGAAUCCGAUGCUCUAUGUUUGCCUGGGCCGAGGGUUUAGGGAAAGCUUGACUAAGACCCUGAAGAGUGUACUCAACUUUGCUUCAGAGGAGCCAUCUCGAGGACAAAGCAUGACAUUAACCACCAAGAGCACCAUCGACACAAACUAUGGAGAGACCAGAGGUCUCAGUCAAAAAGAGCUUUCUAAAAAAUAGAUCCAAAACAUUGCUCUGCUCCACACACACACACACACAGAAAUAGAUAAAAAAUAGCAAGUGUGUCUGUGGGUCACACACAGAGAGUACAGUACCUGAGCUGCAAUAUCUGAGCUAUAAUGAUGUACCGGAGCAACAGUCGAGGAGCAUACAGAUCUUCUCAAUACAUCACUCUAUACAUCAUACCUGCCUAAAUAUCAUCCAUCUGCCCAUCCAUUCAUCUAUCCAUCUAUCCAUCCAUCCAUCCAUCCAUCUAUCCAUCCAUCCAUACAUCCGUACAUCAAACCAAUGGAAGCCUGGAUGAACAGAUGUCUGAAAAAUAGAUGGCUAAAUGGAUGAUGAAAGUCCUACGUCUGGCUGAAUUCUUCCAGCAAUACAAUUUAUAUAUAAAUAAUUGUAAAUCAUUGAUCAGGUGUGUCACGUCGACUCCAGCAACUGUUCCAGCAUGCUUGUAAUUUCAAAUCAUUUUGCUGUUCUCUUUGACUUGAGUGUCACUGUAGGUAAUGUCAAGUCAUGAAGAAAUGAAAACAAAUGUGCCAAUACUGUGUUUAUGCAGCUAAUUUUAACGCAGUUAAUAUGUGAAUAUAUUGCCAUAUAUAUUUUAAAUGAUUCAUAUAGAUACUAAUAAAUAAAGAAAUAUAUUUUAAUAAAUGUUUCCUCAGUUCUAGUUUAGUUCUACAGUAAUUUCAUUCUGUUAAUAACAUCUUACUCUCACAGCUUAAUGUAUUAUUCAGUCUUUCAGCUUAAUGUAUAUUACUCAGUGACUUGCAGCACAAUGUAUUCAGCUACACUAUCUUUAACAGUUAUAAGGUUUACGAACGUAUGUCUGCGGUCUUAACCUAGCAUAGCUUCACCUUUCAGAUUGAUUUGAACUGGAAUUUUACAACUUUGGUUAAGAUUCCAAAAUGAGCACACAGCAAACAGGAUGUUGAGCAAACUCGGGCUCCUGCUUUGACACUUCUUCUAACUCCAGAAUGCAUGCAAAUUUACAAAUUUUAUGCAAAUGCAAAAUUACAUGCAAUCUUAAAGAUUAUGACUCUUGCUUAUGGAUUAAAAAGUGCUCUGUGCAGGACUUUUCUUUAUUUAAUGUGGAAAUAAAUUAUAAAUAUGUGAAAUUGCUCAACAGUUUUAACAAGUUCUGUAAAACUGACAGGAAUUUUUUUUAAUAAGAAGUGACCUAAGCAGGAGCUUAAAACCUACAGUUUAAUAUAAAUUGGUAAUAGAAAAAUAUUAAUAAGCAUCAUCAUCAUCAUCAUCAUCAUAAUCAUCAUCAUCAUAUGUAUGAAUAUUUUAAAUGUCAUUAUUGUGAUCAAUUAAUAGAUUGUGUGUGUGUGUGUGUGUGUGUGUGUGUGUGUGUGUGUGUGUGUGUGUGUGUGUGUGUGUGUGAGAAGAGAUAAAGCACUUUAUUUAUCGGUGCAUAAGCAUGAGACAGAGGAGUGUGUUGACUGAGAGAGAGCUACAUUACUGUGGAGAGUAUUUCGUGUGCUCGUAACGUCACAUGCUGAGAUCUUUGGACAAUCUGAAAAAAUGUAAAUGAACUAAAAAAAAUAAAAUCAGUUAUUGACCUGGUGACGGAUCAAAUGUGUGCUCGGGCUUAUAACGAGUUUGCAACUUAAAAUGGAAAAUAUUUCUUUCUGUGUGCAAGUAACUUGUUAUUUCAGUAUCAUGUCCAUAUACGAUUGUUAAACGGAUCUGAAAGUUGAAAUGUGGAAGAAAAUAUGAUUUUGUCAGCGUCUUGUGUAUAGAUGUUUUUUUCAGAGGCAUAUUCCUUUAGUACAAAUACAUUUUUUAUCAUUAAAACAAAAAAUUAAAAAAAUCAUUUUAAAAAUA